GAGAAGCCGCCGCUGCCAGGGGGAGGGGCUGGCGCCGCGGCCGCCGCCGAGGGCUCGCUCCCGCCGGCUGCACAGGGGACGCCGUGGCGCUGAGCCGGGCCUAGUGCCGCGCGGGGGCCCGAGGAACGGGCCGGACAGGUUUCCCCAUGUCCGUGACGUGUUGGCCGAGGCUCUGCGGCUCCUCUCCGCCCUCGGAGCGGCCGGUCGCUGCCCUCUGGACUCCGUGAUCCCCGACGGGCGUCAUGAGCAUUGCAAUCCCUCUGGGAGUCACCACACCAGAUACAUCCUACUCCGACAUGGCUGCAGGAUCGGACCCAGAGUCUGUGGAAGCUAGUCCAGCUGUCAGUGAGAAGAAUGUGUACUCCAGCCACGGCUAUGGGGCCACCCAGAAACACAGCUAUCGCGGGCUGCCUUACGCAGAUCAUAAUUAUGGAGCCCCUCCUCCUCCAACGCCGCCAGCCUCUCCUCCUGUCCAGACCAUUAUACCUCGUGCAGAACUGAACGGCCUGCACUUGCCUGAUGAGGAGAACUCCGGGGAUAGUGAAAGCUCCUCAGAAGGAGAAUCAAUUCCCACUUGGUGCCACUGCAGUGUCUCUCAAGAUGGUUUCCUCCUCAAGUGUGAAAAGUGCAGAGGAAUGAGCAGGGGGAAGGUGAUCAGACUCCGCCGCCGGAAGCAGGACAACGUGUCAGGCGGGGACAGCAGUGCAACUGAGAGCUGGGAUGAAGAACUAUCUCCCUCUACGGUGCUGUACACAGCUACACAGCACACCCCGACAAGCAUCACGCUGACUGUCAACCGCGUCCGUAGAAGCAAACCUAAGAAGAGGAAGAGGAGCACAGAAAAAGCUCGCACUGCUCCAAAGGCCAAAAAGAUCAAGGCCUUUCGAGAGGGCUCGCGAAAGUCUCUGAGGAUGAAGAAUUCCCCUUCUGAAGCACAUGCCUUGGAUGAAAACACAGCUGAAGGGUGGGAGAACCGAAUACGCCUGUGGACAGAUCAGUACGAGGAAGCCUUCACUAACCAGUACAGUGCUGAUGUGCAGAACCUGCUGGAGCGGCAUCUAAACUCUAAUAAAGACUAUGUGGGCAAAACUGCUCUGCUAGACACAAUCAACAAAACAGAGUUGGCCUGCAAUAAUACUGUUAUUGGGUCCCAGAUGCAGCUGCAGCUGGGAAGGGUGACUCGGGUUCAGAAGCACCGGAAGAUCCUGAGGGCAGCAAGAGACUUGGCACUAGACACCCUUAUAAUUGAGUAUCGAGGGAAGGUUAUGUUACGGCAGCAAUUCGAGGUCAAUGGGCAUUUCUUCAAAAAGCCAUAUCCCUUUGUGCUGUUCUACUCCAAGUUCAAUGGUGUUGAAAUGUGCGUUGAUGCCCGCACCUUUGGUAACGAUGCCAGGUUCAUCAGGCGGUCCUGCACUCCAAAUGCAGAGGUUCGUCAUGUGAUUGCUGAUGGGAUGAUCCACCUGUGUAUCUAUGCUGUUGCCACCAUUGCCAAGGACACAGAGGUUACCAUCGCCUUUGACUAUGAGUACAACAUCUGCAACUAUAAAGUGGACUGUGCGUGUCACAAGGGGAACCGGAAUUGCCCUGUGCAGAAACGUAGCCCAAAUGCUGCAGAACACCUACCUCCACCUGUUUUAGGCACACUGAUUGGGGCAGAAACACGCCGGCGGAAAGCCCGUCGAAAGGAGCUGGAAAUGGAACAGCAGGGCAUGGCUUCGGAUGAGAACAGCAGUCAGCAAACAGAGGAAGUUCCUGAGGGACCUGCGGCAGUCAGUGACAAUGAGGUGGCAGAGAAGGAGGAGAAGCAAGAAGGGGAGAAAGAGGAGCCUGGAGAUGAACAGGGAGCUUUGGCCCACAGCCGACGGUCCCGGGAAGACAGGAAGGUAGAAGCCAUCAUGCACAUGUUUGAAAACUUGGAAAAGAGAAAGAGGAGACGAGAGCAACCCUCAGACCGUAACAGCACUGAUGCUGAAGUCACCGUCAGUUCUGAAGCUCCUGAGCUGGAGGAAAUAAAAACAGAGACUCCUGAAACUGAGGAUGGAAGUUCAGCACAGAGUGCUAGUGCUGCUGCUGCUCCUGCUGCUCCUGCUCCUCCAGCUGUUUCUAACAGUAACAGCAGUACCGGGGUGAACACACGGCGGUCUUCACAAGUAAUGGAUGCUGUCCCUGAAAAAGCAGCUGCUAAGCCAGCUCCACCAAAACCCUCCAGGCCUCGACCAAAAAGCCGCUUCUCUCGAUACCGGACCAGUUCAGCACAAAGACUGAGAAGGCAGAAACAAGCCAGUUCCCAGCAAGCUGAACUCGCACAGGCUGCUCCAGAGGAAGGAAGCACUGCCAGCUUGGUAACCACAGCAGAUGUCAGCAAUGUAGAAGGUCCAGGAGAAGGCAGACAGUUAACAGGAUCUGACCCAGCUGCUACCCUGGCUGCAGGAUCUCAGUCUAAUCGAGCUGCAGUAAAGUACCCCAAAACUAAAAAGUAUCUUGUUACAGAAUGGCUGAAUGACAAGGCAGAGAAGCAGGAGUGCCCUAUCGAAUGUCCUCUGCGCAUUACGACAGACCCAACAGUUUUGGCAACUACCCUGAAUAUGUUGCCAGGUCUCGUCCACUCCCCGCUGAUUUGUACCACACCUAAACACUACAUUCGUUUUGGUUCACCUUUCAACCCCGAGAGACGGCGAAGGCCCUUUCUGUUGGAUGGAAUUUACAGCUCCUGUAAAAAGCGCUGGAUCAAACAAGCUCUGGAAGAGGGGAUGACUCAGACCUCACCAGCUCCACAAGAGAACAGAACCCAAUGUCUAUACCAAAGUAACGAGAGCAGCAGUUCUUCAAGCAUCUGCAAAGAUGACACAGACUUGCUGAGUCCCCUGAAGAAAUGGAAGUCUCGCUACUUGAUGGAGCAGAAUGUGAAGAAGUUGCUGAGGCCGCUGUCUCCCGUCACCCCUCCACCUCCCAUCCCUUCAGUUCCUGGCUCAGCGAGCCCACAGCUGGCUACACCCAGCUCAUCACUGCCGGGAGAGGAGGAGAGUCGCAAUGGUUAUGGCAUCAUGUUCUCACCAAUUCCUUCUCUGGCUGCUAGUCGCUGCAAUACUCCACUACAGUUCGAGAACGUCUCCUCCCCUGAGAAUUCCCCUGCACACAGGCCUGAGUCCAUGUCACCCGAGCUCUGCGUCCGAUCCGACUUGGAUUUGAAGGGUGGGUACGUGGAUUCCAGUGCAAACACCUGCCCAGAACGGCCGCUGCUGCUCAACUUUGGAUCCUCUGAUCUGGCUCCACAACCCUCCAUAAACUCUACUUCAGAGAUGAACUUCCCAGGGAAAAGUGGGGAAGCACAGAUGCUGCUACGAAGCUCUGAUCAGGCUUUUCGGACAGAGUUUAAUUUAAUGUAUGCCUUCUCCCCAUUGAACGCUAUGCCACGUGUGGAUGGGUUGUUGCAGGGAUCUCCUCCUUUGGGGGAGAGGAAGCCAGUGAAUUCGGAAGCAGGAUGCUGCAGCUCUCCUGCUGAAGGGUAUUUCAGCAGACAUGAGUCAGGGCUGCUUAAAGAGACAGUGCAUGGAUCCAUGUCACCCUGCGGCGAGAGGGCUUGUGAAGGUGUCAGAUCUGCUCCUCAGAAUCCUCCACAAAGGAAGAAGGUAUCUCUAUUAGAGUACCGCAAGCGGAAACAAGAAGCCAAGGAGGGAGGUGAUUCCAUGCGAUGUACAGGGACUCCCACCCGACAGGGCAGCAACAGCUCUGUAACUGACACAGAUGGCAACAGCUCUGCAGUACGAACCCCAUCCUCCCCACACAGUGGCUUCUCCCCUUCUCAUCCCUCCCUGCCUCAUGUAGAGGACAUCAGCCCACCAGACUCGAGGGGGGCUAGUUCCUCAUCGUCACUCAGCAAGUCCCAGGAGAACAUCAGCAGCAGGUGGAUGGUCCCAACGUCGGUGGAGAGGCUUCGAGAGGGCCGGGGGAUACUUGAGAAGGUGCUGAGAAGUGGUGCAAAGGUAUCGCAGAGAAACGAAUCCUCACCUUCCCGUGACAGUGCCAUCGAGAGAGAUGCAGACACAGCAGGAGGAGACACUCCAGAAGCCCACAAAGGACCAGCAGUUUACAGUCCUUCUCGAUACAGCUACCAGCUCCUGCAGUCUGACAGUCCCCAGGCAGAGUCACAGACCCUUCUGCAGCAGAGUUCCUCCCCCUACAGAGGACACCUCACUCCAUCUCCUGGGUACAGCUACCGAGCAGCAGCACAGAGGACAGGACACAGCCUCUCCCAUGGUUCCUCAGAAACACCCCUCUCCUCCUCCUCCUCCACCACCUCCUACUCCAGCCCUGCCCACUCGGUCUCCACAGACUCCUCUGCCCUGUUUGCAGGGAAUUCGGGGUAUUACAGCAGCCAGCAGCACUCUGGCAGCAUCAGCAGCAGCCUCCUGAAGAAGAGCUGCCCUGCUGCUGCCAGCCCAGCACAGCAGACGGCUGUGGACUCCUCUUUGUCCUCCGAGUCGGGCUCCCAGUCCUGCACAGGCACGUCGGGCUCCUCCUCUGCCCCCCCAAGUGCCAGGUCACUACAGUCAGACUUGAGGACUAUGAGCCUGCCGAGCUCGGGGCAGUCUGUGCUCUACCAGGGCUCCCGGGGGGCAGUGAUUUCCAGUGCACAACACUAUCAGCACCGCGGGGGGAGCAGUGUCCAUCAAUACAGACUUCAGCAGCUCCAAGGUUCUGGAGUAAAGACUCAAACAGGACUUUCCUAGGGCUGCCUGGACUCCAGGAGGACAAAACUGCCCAUAGCUCCUUCCAGUCACCUCUGGAAGUGGCUCCUGGGCCAGUGUGGGGAAGCUUGCACCCGAUGCUGGGGUGCCAGGGGUCAGAGGCUGAGGUCUGACACGCACGGGUGAGAUUUGUGAGCAGUGUUGGCCUCUGGCCUUGUAGGAGCAGGCGGAUUCCUCUUGAGGCAGAGACUGUAGCAAAGCUGUUCCCUGGCACGUGGGUGCAUUGCAAA